AUUUGUCUCUUCAAAACCUUGGUGCAUCUUAUUAUACUCCGAAAAAUUCAGUAUAUAUUAACAGAAAUGUGCAUAUUAAUUACAUCUAUGCGUAACUAAAUCUCUAGCAUAGCUGAACAUUGCAAAUUUGUCAACUUUUUUUGCAUUUAACAUGGCUGUCAGGGAAAACGGGCCAAAUGUCUUAUCCAUUCCACUGCCUCUUGGUCAGAUGGAACAUUCAUCUCCCCACUGCAUUCCCAAAGAAUAAACCUGCAUUCUAUUUGAGAAGAAUAUUAUUAACUCAGAUAUUCUCAUAACAGCUUGAAUAUUUGAGCAUUGUUUUUAUCUCACCAUAUAUACUAUCAAAGGUUAGUCAGAAAGCAAAUUCUUCAGCCAAGCAAUGUUGAAUUUCCAUGUGACGGCAUGUAAUAAUUUUCAACUGCUAGUCUGUGUUAGUCUGUGCAUGGGAUGAGAACCACUGGUUUUCAAGAAAUGAAAUUUAGAGUUUUGGCUGAAAAAAAUCCACCAGCAUUUGCAAAUGAAACACUAAACUGAUCCUAUGGGGUGGGGUGGGGAUACUUGAUGGUCUGAGCAUCUGACAAUCAAAUAUGAUGUGAUUUUUGAUGUUACUCUUGAAAAUGUGACUAAAUACUAUUGUAUACCUUGCGAGAUUGGGUUUGUUCUCGAGGUUUUACUUUUGGAAACUAAGUGCUUAAUGAUAUUAAACGAGGUUAUAUGCAAUAUCUCAGAAGAGGUUGAGUUUACUUUUAGUGGAGUUAUCAUAUAAGCAAACCUAAUGGAUUUGAUUAUAUUUUUAUGCAGAGAUAAGAACCACAGAAGCAUCCCAAGAAGUCAUGUUACGGAAAAAGUUAGUGGCAGCACAGAAACGAGGGGAGACCAGGGCCCUAUGGCUAGGUUUGGGAAUGAUGGCCUGCUCAGCAAUGAUGUAUCUUUUUAUUGGUAUCGUCCUGGUGUAUUUACAUAGAAGAAGUGUCUGGGCUGAUGAAAGUGAAUGUGAUGUAGUAAAAGCUAACAUCAAGGAAGACCAAUGUUCAUUCAUUGAAGGCUCUGAGGAUAAAUAUAUUUUUCACUAUCCUUGUCUGGAAGUCUAUGUGAAUUUAACCCAUUUAGGCCAAGUAGUAAUGCUGUACCACACAGAGCAAACUGUGGAAAGAAAUCCCAAGUGCUCUUAUAUCCCCCUUGUUAUGGGGAAUUAUGAACAAGCUCAGCAGCAAGUAGAAGAGGCAAGAGAUUAUUUCAGAAUGCAUCAGAGGAUUCCUUGCCAUUAUGACCCAUCAAGAGAAGAAAAGAGUGUCCUUUUCAAGAGAUUGUACCCACCAGAAGGCUUUCUAAUUGCUUUUGCCUGUCCAAGUAUGCUGUUGAUUGGUGGGAUCUUGAUAGUCAUCUUGGUAAAACUAAAUCAGUAUCUUGCCUUAGUCUCUGCUAGACAACGCAGAACAGUCAUGUAGCUUUUUCUAACUAAGAUCUGGACUUUGUAUUCACCUUUGCACAGAUGAUGUCUUGCAGCCACCCAGCUUACGUGGUAUUUCUUACAACCUCUUUUUUGUGACGUGAUGAUGAUCUGGUUAUGAUACCUGUCACCCCAUUGAUCACCAGAAUUGAUUCAGAUGAACUUCUUUUUAGAUGUUGUAAAACUUGAUGUCAAACUAUAACAUAAAAAUGAAUAUAAUGAUUUCUUCUUAAUAAAUGUUGAAGAAUUUAAGAUUUUACCCACGUAGCAUU